UAGCCCCGCCCUGCUUAAUGCAGCGCGGAAGUUGGUUUUUACGUAGAGAGAGUGGACGGGAUGUUGUCGAUUAGUGUGAACUAGUGUAAAACUCGUCGACACUUUGUUGUGUUUUUUCCUGGAAGAUUUGGUUUCCUGAACGGUAACAAGUAGGUAUGGCAGGAAGAGCAUUACGCUUUCUUUGACGCAACGAAACAGGGGCAUUUUUUAAGUUCGCUAGCUAGCUAGUUAGCUUAGGUAAUUAGCCACCAUCGUUUCACUGUCAGUGCAACUUUACGCCUCCUGCAUCGUAAUAUCAUGUUAAUAUUUACAAAAACUGUUGAUUUUAAUUUGCUUAGCAGCCUCUUCAGUUGGUUAUUGCUCGUUUAGAUGUUACACCUGCACUGUUCAGCUCGCAUUGUGGAUGUUUCUCUGUUUAAGGGCACAAUAAAGCAUUUAUUAUUGCAGUAGUUAUGGCGUUAUUCAUGUUUAAAGCGUAAAUUGAUGCUUUAAUGUGUAGGUGUAACUACUGAGGGACAUUUCCCAUUGAGAAAGCCCAGGAAAAAAGUAAAAGUGUGACAAUACUGAGUGGUUUGGCUCUGCAUAUGGCUCGCUGCACAUUAUGUUAAGUGUCUGUGACCUUGCACCCUGCGGUUUACCUGUCGUUGGUCGUGAUCUUGAAGUUAAUGUGUUGUGGUUGUAUCCCUUCCUGUCCUGUACCCAGCAGACUGUUGUGGUAAAAUGUUAGAGUGUGGCAUGCUGGAGCGGGACAGGCAGGCUCUGCGGAGACGCUCUGUGGUCCUCUGCAAACAGAUGGUGGUAGACGAGCUGCUCAUUCAGUCUCUACAGGCGGACAACAUCCUCACUGAGGGCAUGGCAGAUAACAUUAUGGCUGAGCAAACAGCUCAAAAACGAAGCUUUCGUUUGCUACAACUUUUACCAAAGCGAGGGCCCAGAGCCUUCAGCAGCUUCUGCUCAGCUCUGAGAGACACUGAGCAGCAACAUUUGGGUGACCUUCUCACACAGUCACCAGAGAAAGAUGGCAAAGAGACACAUCUAGAGAGUAUUCAGCCUGAAGAAGAGCCAGAGGGACAGGCAGGGCGACUGGUCAUGCAGACACCAGAAAAGAAGAGAGAGAGAUAUGAAGACUCAUCUGUUCCACUUUCAACCCAGGAGGGAAUUGUAGCUAAAAGAGCAAGGACACAAGAGUUCAUGGAGUGUAGCCUGGAUGCAGAUAGUCCCAUCAACACUCCUGUGCUCGCGUGUACACGUGACUUCUACCUCUCUCACUGCCAGCAGUCCUACAGAAUGAAUUCAUUGCCACGUGGCUUUGCCUUGGUCAUCAGUAAUGUGACAUUUGACCCUUGUGCUGCGCCUGACCUUGACCCUAGGAAGGGAGGUGAGGUGGAUGAUGAAGUGCUGAGGAAGGUCUUCACAGAGCUGGACUACGUGGUUACAGUCCACAGAGACCUCACUGCUCAGGGCAUGAGAACGUGCAUUGAGAACUUUUGCCGGCGGCCGGACCACCGGACAAUGGACAGCUGUGUGGUGUGUCUGCUCUCCCAUGGAGUGGAAGGAGGUGUAUAUGGCACAGAUGGACAACUGCUGCAGCUGGACUGGGUGUUUGAGGCCUUUGACAAUGCGCACUGUCCACUGCUACAGAACAAACCGAAGAUGUUUUUCAUCCAGGCCUGCAGAGGAGAGGAGAUGGAUUGUGGAGUGGAGCAGAUAGAUGGGCCAGUGAGGACCUGCUCACCAAGCUGUGAACAGCGCGAUGCUGGGAGGGAGGGACAGGGGGAUGCAGAUUCCAGACAGAGGGGGGACAUGGGGAGACCCAGGAUAAAACUGCCCCAGCGCUCCGACAUGAUCUGCGGCUAUGCAUCUCUCAAAGGCACAGCAGCCAUGCGCAACACCAAGAGAGGAUCCUGGUUUAUCCAGGAACUCAACACAGCACUCCGCCUCCACGCCAGAGACACUCACCUGGCAGACAUCCUUGUGCAGGUCAAUGGGCGGAUCAAGGAACGGGAAGGUUACGCCCCUGGCACUGCCCACCAUCGCUGCAAAGAGAUGUCAGAGUUCACCAGCUCAUUGUGCAAAGACCUUUUCCUGUUCCCCAAGUACCAAUAACCAGUAUUGAUAUGCAAACAAUGCACAUAUUAACACACAGAUCAUUCCUCGAUUUGGAGACCAAGACUCAUUCAUUCCUGUUCCUGCCACACACUCACAAAUUCUCCUGUUACAACUUCACACACUCUUAUCCAAACAGAGGAUUUAUUCAUUCAUAUUUUCUGUGUAAAUACUGCCUCCCCAAACCCACACACACAGACUCACAGAAAUCUUGGAGAGGAAAAAGGAGAAAGCUUAUGUUAAUCUACAUGUACUCAGAGAUGGGCAAUGUAUUAGCAUGCAUCCUACUAGUGUAUCAGUGUGUCUAUGCCAGUUAUAGGGUUUAGAUGUUAAUCCCUUUUAGUCAAAGUCAGGAUCUUAUUUUUUUGCGGUUUAGUUUCCUACUGCACAGCUACUUUAAGGUUUCACAAGUCUCUCUUUUUAAAAUGUAUUUUGUACACAGAUUUAUUUUUGUGGCUUUAUUUUAUAUGUACUUGUUUUUAUAAGGAUUUUUAAGCCCAUUUUCAGCUAUUUGUACAUAAUGUUGACUGGAAGUGACCAAUUUUUAUUAUAGUGACAGGCAGGGGGCAGCACUGAAUGCUGAGCUUAAUGCAGCAAAGACAAACACCUUUCUUUAACCAAUGUUAUUCAUUUAGAUGAUCAUGUCAUGAUGACAGACAGAUUUUAUUCUAGUUAUAAUCCACUACAGCAGCCAUUAUGCAGCUAAGUCUUUGCUGUAGGUUUUAAGCUGUUUUCAUUAGACUUUUUUUCUUUCCUCACAUGGUUUGACUUGUGAAGAGGGAAACCUAAAGGGCAGCUUCAAAACACAAUCUUCAAGUGUUUCAAACCAACUUUUUUUUCUCUUCUUUUAUGCUCAUGGGUGUUCAAUCAGGAAAUUUCUGUUGGCGUUGGUGGACUGGCAGAGGGAAUGUGGUGCUACUUGUGGGGUCUUACACCUACAGUAUGAACUUUGACCUUCACACUAACUCUUAACACCUAAUCGUGUUUCUCCCCAUGUGGGCGCUACACUUUUAGUUAGUCCCCCCAUAACUCUAUUUUUGUGGUAUUUUACUGUAUCUGAUAUAGUAACGAUAAAACAUGUAUUUUCCUUGUCUUCCUGUAAGUAUAAGCAAUAUGCAGUUUUUCUACAGCAGCCUGUGCCAUGUGACGAUGAUCUGUUAGAGACAUUUAUGACCAGAGUGGUGCUUUCACACAAAUAAAUCCCCCCAUGGCUGUAUGAGCAUUGACGACAUGUGUUUAGGUACAACAGUUGUAGUGAAGAAAAUACGAUACAGUAUUGAUUGUUAAACAUCUGUAAACAAAGAGUAUUAUUAAACUCUGAUACAUAAGUUCUGAAGGUUGGUAUUUGUUGCCAAGCUCUGGUGAGGUGCAUUGUGGGGGGGAGGAGGGGGAGGCUGGAGAGAUUUUAUUUGUCAACGCCAAUGACUGCCAAAUGUUCUGUACAAUAAACAGGCCAUGU